AUGGGCUUUUUCUCACUGCGUAAAAGGUCGACCAUCCCGGCCCCUGGCUCUGCCCUCUCCUUGGACGACCACAGCUCCCCGUCGGCGUUUCCUCUGCCAUCAGCUCUGGAGAUAAUCACUCUGAGAGUAGCUGUUGACCCAGCCCCCACAAACCAAGGUGCCAAAAGCAUCUUCUAUGUGACUGUGGGUCUCGAAGAGAGCGUUGCUGCCCUUCGCCGUGAAAUUGCCAGGUCUGUGGGUCAUAGCUCCAUGAGCCUUUUCAAAGUCGCCAUACCUACUCAAGCACACCGAGAAGCACAAGCCUAUACGGCCGAGUACGGCAAAGCGGUCGACCUUUUAGCGAACUUCCCUGCUUUCAAUCUAGACGAUCCUCAACAGCUGGAGCUCAGCCUUCCACCCCAGCACAGGGGGCUUACCUCAACGUUUGCUGGCAGUCCACGAGACCUCAAGAUCAGACAUUGGUUUCCGAAUCACAACGCCGGUGACGUUAUCAAUGUGGUAGCUAGACCUCUCAGAGGUGUCCCAGUCAACACGAAACCCCUCACACUUCGAGUAUUCCUCGCCUCUCCGCCCUCGAAAGGUCGCCCAGCCACGAUGCCUGAGACUCGGCAACCCCCUCUGGUUGUGGAUGUAAACCCUUACAUCACCGUCAAUGAGCUCAAGAUGGAGCUCCUCAGAGCUAGCGGAAACGACUCUCAGCUGUGGAAGAAUGUGACUCUAUGGCAGAUUGCCAUGACUGAGAGUGAGAUGACGGUCAUCGACGAGCUCGGAAGAUUGAUGAACGGCAAGAUGCCUUGGCCAUAUCCACCAGGAGCUUUGGAGCCCAUCGCACUCUCUGACAAUAGUCUCCCUAUAUCCCUCUUCUUUCCCAAAUCAGCGCCGAACGGCGACAUGCUCAACCUUUCAAUGUGGUUCAGUGGGCCCAUCUCGACCCCCUCCCUCGAAGCCAUCCCGCCCUUCCGCUACCCUAUGCCCCUUUCCCUCCCUAGGGCCCCCUCUCGUUCGAUCAGCCCAGGCGGUUAUCAUAGCCCUCACAGCAGCGGUCUAUCUCCCUUACCGGUGCAGAUGGACCGUACACAGUCUGCGUCCCCGACACUCGGUACUCCUGUCGCGGAGCUCUUUUCUAUCGCUCCAAAGUCGAAGAAUCAGACAGCCACUCGCGGCAGCCGAAGGCCCAGUACCGCACCUACAGUGCUGGCAUCAGACCUUGGCGCCUCUUUUUCCAAGGACUCUGUUCUCCUUCCUGGGGGCGUGUCGGAACUUUGUUCCCCAUCUCUUUCCACUUCUCCCUCACUUUCGCCUCGCAGCAUCCCUUCUGGGAUCAAAACCAGUCUGAAGCUGUCAGCAAAGGGCGCCCGAAAAGGUCUCGGUAUCAUGAUACCCUCCGCAUACCCUUUCUCCAAGCAACUGUCAGUGUCUGAUCGAGACAGUUUCUCGAGCUCAGAGGAAGAAACGGGGAUCACCUCUUUGCCGAGCUUGAACUUUUCCCAACUCUCUCUCGAGACACCUAGGGAGUUUGCUGUCAAGACACCUGUGGAGAUAUUCAGUAUGAAGAUGGGUAUGGUGGAUGUGCUGCCUGGACUGGCUAGCCCAGAGGGGAAGCAGGGACCGGUGUCAUCAGCAGGAAGGUCAGCAUAG